AUGCUGGAGUACCUGCUUCUGUGCACUCUCAUUAGCAAUGGCUACUGCUUUACUUGUAAAGAUCAAAAGAAUGACCCGGUGGAGUGGUUCGCUGUUUACAAAAUGCCCAUGGAAAAUGCGGACAAUUCUGUACCCGGAAUCCAAAAAGGUGUUGCAUGGUACUACGUCGACUCCAACAACAAGGGAGCUCUAACACCUUCACAGAAAACUCUAGAUGACAAGGACCAAGCUAUUGCCUACACGCUCAAUCAAUACUAUGCGAAGCAGUUUGAUCCCACAAUAUUCCAUGUCAUGUACAACGAUGAGGUUAGUUCUUCUUUGAAAUUCGUUUUCCAUUUUUUGGAAUGA